AUGUUCACUAGACAAUUACGUCCAUCAAUUCUUAGAUCAAUUAAUAUGUCCAGCGCAAGAUCCGCCUCUACUCUCACUCCAGUGAAGACUGCCAACGCUCCACCACCAGCAGCCUCUUACUCUCAAGCCAUUAAGGUUAACGGUUUCAUCUAUGUUUCAGGUCAAAUCCCUUACACUGCUCAAAACAAGCCAUUGGAAGGCAACCCAACCAUCCAAGAACAAGCUGAGCAAGUUAUUCAAAACGUAUCCAACAUUUUGGAAGCCUCUAACUCAUCUUUAAAGCACAUUGUUAAGGCCAAUAUCUUCUUAACUGACAUGAAGGAACAAUUUGGUGCUUUCAAUGAAGUUUAUGGUAAAUAUUUUAACGAACACAAGCCUGCUAGAUCUUGUGUCGCAGUCAAGGAAUUGCCAUUGGGUGUCCAAUUAGAAAUGGAAGCCAUUGCCAUUGAAAAGGACGAAUCAAAGUUAUAG